GACCUGAAAGACCAAGUCCUUGUGGCUUGUGCCAUAGCCAUGUAUAUACAGAGGGGGUUUACCUUGCAAUGUAAUCACAACCUCAAGCCGAAUUACAUCAAAAUAUCCUAAUCAUCCUCUUGCCCAGCUCCAAAUGACAAUAACUUUUCUCAUCUUGCUCAUCGCAUGCCUGCUUUGCCUUCAAUUGCAUGCACUGCGGCAUGGAAGUAUCUCACUGAAGUCUCAACAAAUGGCCCUUCUUCACUGGAAAUCAACUCUCAGGAGCUCACCGGUGCAGAUGAGCUCCUGGCGACACCACACCAACCCAUGCAACUGGACUGGCAUCAUGUGCAGCGCCCUUCACCACGGACAGCACAUGCCGUGGGUUGUGACCAACAUCUCUCUACCAGGUGCCGACAUCCAUGGCAAGCUCGGUGAGCUCAACUUCUCGGCUUUACCUUUCCUCACGUACCUUAACCUUUCCAGCAACAAACUCCAUGGCAACAUUCCACCCAACAUCAGCUCUCUGUCAAUACUCUCUUAUCUUGACCUAAGCAGCAAUUGGCUUAAUGGACAAAUACCACAUGAGAUUGGUCGCCUGCAGUGUCUUACCAAACUUAUACUCUCCUUUAACAAUCUCACUGGUCACAUCCCGACAUCACUGAGUAACCUAACAAAGUUAACUGAUCUUAUAAUUCACCAAAAUAUGGUCACUGGCCCAAUUCUAAAGGAUAUAGGAAGUCUUUCAGACUUGCAGUUUUUACAGCUAAGCGACAGCUACUUAGUUGGUGAGAUACCCUCAGCCCUGGGAAAUCUGACCCAGCUAAAUACAUUGUAUCUGUACGGAAAUGAAAUCUCCGGACCUAUACCCUCAGAUUUAGGCAAGCUCAUCAACAUGCAACAGCUUGAUCUUUGCAUUAAUAAACUUACUGGUGAGAUACCAUUGGCCCUUGGAAACCUGACACAGCUAAACACUUUGUAUCUCCAUCGUAAUGAAUUGUCUGGACCUUUACCGUCAGAACUAGGCAAUCUCAAUAAAUUGACUAACCUUAGUUUCAAUGAUAACCAGAUUACAGGUACCAUACCCUCAGAACUAGGUCUUCUAUCAAAUCUUAAGUUUUUGAAUAUGUAUACCAACAACAUAUCUGGCUCUAUUCCUGCCAGCUUAGGAAAUCUUAGCAACCUCCACAGUUUGUAUUUGGCAUACAAUCAAAUUUCUGGCUCAGUACCAAGAACUUUUGGGAACUUCAAAAUGAUCCGAGAACUAGGGUUCCACAAUAACCAAUUGACAGGUUCUCUUCCUCAGGAGUUAGAAAAUGUUACAAAUUUAGUUUAUCUUUCUUUAUCCAAUAACAUCCUGUCAGGGCCUUUGCCCACAAAUUUAUGCACAAGCCACAACCUCAAAUUUUUAUAUCUAUCUUCAAAUAUGUUUAACUGUUCUAUUCCGAAGAGCCUCAGAACAUGUUCAACCCUGGUUGUCCUUUUCCUUCAUAAAAAUCAGCUAGCAGGAGAUAUAUCAGAACAUUUUGGAGUGUAUCCAAACCUCAUGUGGAUGAGAUUGUCGUCCAAUAGGCUCUCUGGCCAGAUCCCACCAAGUUGGGGUGCCAAUCACCAGUUACAAGAACUGGAUUUAGCAGAAAAUAUGAUCACGGGUCCAAUUCCUGCAGCUCUUUCGAAAUUAUCUGACUUGGGCAAACUAAAUCUCAAUGCCAAUAAUCUCAGUGGUGAGAUUCCACAAGAAAUUGGUGAUUUAACAAAUCUGUAUAUCCUGAAUUUAUCACAGAAUCAGUUAUCUGGAUCCAUACCAUCACAGCUGGGAAGGCUGAGUAACUUAGGCUACCUUGAUAUAUCGAGAAAUAUUUUGAGUGGAUCAGUACCAGAGGAACUUGGGAGAUGCAUCAAACUACAGUUAUUAAAUAUCAACACCAAUAAUUUCAGUGGGGAUUUUCCUGACACUAUAGGAAAUUUGGCAAGCUUACAGAUCAUGUUAGAUGUUAGCAAUAACAAAUUCAAUGGUGUCUUGCCACAACAACUUGGAAAGUUGGAGAUGUUGGAACUUCUAAACCUGUCCCGGAAUCAGUUCAAUGGAAACAUUCCACCCUCUUUGACAAACAUGAUGAGCCUAUCGACGCUUGAUGUGUCAUACAACAACUUGGAAGGUCCAGUUCCGGCAGGACGUCUACUUCAAAAUGCUUCAGUAAAAUGGUUUCUUCACAAUAAAGGUCUGUGUGGUAAUCUCUCUGGCUUGCCACAGUGUUAUUCAAAUCAAGUAUAUAGUCACCAUAGAAGAAGGCUACUUAGUUUGCUAUUGCCAAUUGUUCUUGCUGUGGUUUCCACCAUUCUUGCGACAAUUGCAAUUGGUUCAAUACUCUCUCAUAUCAAGAGAAAGCCACAUGAAAGUGAUAUUACUGAUGGAAAAGACAUGUUCUGUGUUUGGAAUUUUGAUGGAAGGUUGGCAUUUGAGGAUAUCAUCAGGGCAACUGAAAGUUUUCAGGACAAGUACAUCAUUGGAACUGGAGGAUAUGGGAAAGUAUACAAAGCAGAACUUCAAGAUGGGCAGCUAGUUGCUGUGAAGAAGCUUCUAAAUGAAGAGGAGGUGAAUGAUGAAAGAAGAUUUUUGUACGAAAUGGAAAUAUUAUCACAAGUUCGACAGCGCAGCAUUGUCAAGUUGUAUGGGUUUUGCUCCCAUCCAGAGCAUAGGUUUCUUGUCUAUGAGUACAUAGAACGAGGGAGCCUCCAUAUGACCUUAGAAACUGAGAAGUUAGCUAAGGAAUUGAAUUGGCAGAAGAGAUUUUGUCUUGUUAAAGAUGUAUCUCAAGCAAUAUCUUAUUUGCACCAUGACUGUAACCCACCAAUAAUCCAUCGAGAUAUCACCAGCAAUAACAUCUUGCUCGACAAAAGUUUCAAGGCUUAUGUAUCAGAUUUUGGCAUAGCAAGGAUUCUGAAACCUGGUUCACCAAACUGGAGCGCACCAGCUGGGACAUACGGCUAUAUAGCUCCUGAGCUAUCCUACACAUUCAUUGUGACAGAGAAAUGCGACGUGUAUAGCUUUGGUGUUCUUGUGCUUGAGGUGGUGAUGGGGAAUCAUCCAAGGGAUCUUCUGCAUCACAUUGCAUCAACAAGGGGGCAACACAUACUACUUAGGGAUAUCCUGGACCAAAGACCUCCAGCACCAACUACAUCAGAAGAGAAAGACAUUGUUCUCCUCAUGAAGGUGGCACUUUCAUGCCUGCAAGCUUCCCCACAAGCAAGGCCAACAAUGCAGAGGACACACCAGACACUUACCCAUAAUCAGUCUUACAGUCCCGUCCCAAGACAUUUCAGUGUAAUCACGCUAGAUGAGCUCUAUGAUACAUAACCAUGAUACCAAGGUUUACUCAGGCUUAUCAUCAUAUGUGGUACUAGGGUGUUGUGGCAAAUCACUGGAUCAAAACCAUUGGUACUUUUCUGAUGCUAUCAUGCUAGACAUACAGAAUAAACAGCAUAGAGAGAUAUCAUAGCUGCUCUGAAAUUGAAUACAAUCAAUCAAACCCAUGUGUAGUUCAUUAGCAGAAAUCUAUACAAAUUAACAGAAGAGUAAACCAACUAGCUACUGCUUAAGCAUUUGUGCAGUAUAUUUAUAAUUUUGUGCUUUCAUUUUCACCAACUUACUGUCUCGUGACUUGAGCAAAGCAAGAACGCACAUUGAUUUUCAGAUGUAAAACAUUUAUCACUCA